CCAAGUCCAUCACAGUGAAUAGUUAUGUUAAUCGACCCAAAGCCCUUCUGAUGACUUAGUUAUCGUUUGCUACAUAAGCUCAGAGCCUACCUGUGGAUGUUACCUGCGUGUGUCACUUCAACAAGCUCCUCCCCUCAGUGACAGCUGUAAGGUGAGUCCUUUUAAACUCAGACAGCUUUGUUAUUUACACUCACAGCAGCCAGUUCUCUUCCUAGAAAAAGAUGAAAUAACCUCCUCUGUGCCGUUCUUUUACAACCUCGGAGGACCGCUUUACCUGCAGCACAUGACACACAAUGGAAGGAAAUGCUUCUCAGACUCUUGCGUGUAAUAACUGCAGUGAAAGGAUUGACCCCUAUGGGUUUGAGAGACGUCACGAUUUUGAAUCCUACAAGGAGAUGAUGAAUGAGUAUGUAGCCGUCCUCAACAGAAGGUCAAUGAGAUGGUCCAAGCUCCUUCUAGAGAAACCCCAUGUGGAGAAGAACUUGACAGUGAAAAGGUAUGUGCGGAAAGGCGUGCCCAAUGAGCACCGAGCCAGGAUUUGGAUGGCAGCCAGUGGCGCUCAGAAGCGACUGGAGAGCAGCCCGGGGUAUUACCAGUCUCUGCUGGCGAUGGAGCACGACACCAGGCUGAAGGAAACCAUCCAGACAGAUAUGCACAGGACCUUUCCUGACAACGUCCUCUUCCAGAGCAAAGCAGAGCCAAGCCUGCAGAGAGCUCUGUACAAUGUGCUGCUGGCCUACGGACACCAUAAUGAGGAAGUGGGGUACUGUCAGGGCAUGAACUUCAUUGCAGGCUACCUCAUGAUCAUCACCAAGGAUGAAGAGAACUCUUUCUGGCUCAUGGAUGCAUUGUUGGGCAGGAUGCUCCCUGACUUCUACAGCCCGGCCAUGAUGGGCCUGAAGACUGACCAGGAGGUUCUCGGGGAACUGGUGAAGGCUAAAGCUCCUGCAGUAGGACAGCUCAUGGACCAGUAUCCGGGCAUAUGGACACUGGUGGUGUCCCGCUGGUUCAUCUGCCUCUACAUCGACAUACUUCCAAUUGAGACGGUUCUGCGGGUCUGGGAUUGUCUUUUUUACGAGGGAUCCAAGGUUCUUUUCCGUGUUGCUCUGACUCUCAUCGUUCACCACCAGCCGGAGAUCCUGCGAGCUCGCUCUUUGACUGAUGUGUGCGAGUGCUUUAAACAAAUCACCUGUGGUGCUUUCACUCUGGACUGCCACACCUUCAUGCAGAAGAUCUUUACAGAACCUGGGAGCCUGUCGAUGGCAACUAUUGAUAAACUCAGAGAGAAAUGCAGACAACGAAUACGGGAGGAGGAAACUGGACGGGCGUAACAUUUUGGAUGAAUGAAUGUCUCUUGCACUGAAACACUGUUUAAAUUGUCCAUUUGUCUUUCUGAAGUAAAAUGAGAUUAAUUCACAGAACUUUGUUUUUUACUUUUUAUUGUUAACAGAAACCCAAUAAUAGGUUUAAUCCUUUUUCCUG